AUGUCAAAGCAACUUGAACCGCAUGGCAUCAAACUUGGACUCCGGUCGGACGAUUGGGACAUUAGACGAAUGCAUGUGGUUCCCACGAACUUGCCCGUGAGCCACAUACCGUGUAGGGAACCCUGGAGCAAGUUGUCAGAAACUCAGAAACAUUUCGUUCAUCACUUUGCCCGAGCGUCAUGGUCAGGAUCUCGUAUCUGCGCCCGUCAGAUUUCAGAGGAGAGUCCAGAUAUACUGAGGCUCUUGAUGUUACUGCUUUCGUCGACCGAAGUAUCGGACUUGAAACGAAGGUGUCACGUUGCGAGGGUGACUCCAGAGGAAUGGGACUUCUUCAUCGCUUACGCCAUAUGUUUCUUGACCAAUAUGGGAAAUUACCUGGCGUUCGGAGACAUGAAGAUCGUCCCGGGCAUACCCGAGCAUCAACUGGAGGUCAUCGUAGGCGUUUGCCCGCUACAGGAUGAAAGAAAGAGGAGAUUAUUGGAUCUGUGGGAGAAAACAAGGAAACGAAUCUACUCUCUCUCACCCGGUGAGACGCUCAUGACAACAGUGCCGAAUCAUGUAACUCUGCGUGCAGGCCUGAAGUCUUAA